AUGGACUUUGUGUCCUGCCAUCGUUCAAUCCAGCAAUCCAGCGGCUACAAGGAUGCUUCUCGAGUGGCUCUCGUUGCCUUCUCCAGCGUACCCCGGGCACAAAUGGACUUGCAGUUGCCAGGUGCCGAAGACCCUGAGCCCAACACGCCAGCGGUUCCGCGAGGCGGCGACGGGUUGAUUCUUGCUCUGUUGAGAAGCAGGUACUGGGCGACGCGCCGACGUCCGCUGAUCUCUGCUGAGGUUGAGGCUGCCAAGGCUGCCAAGAGGAGCGUAGAACAAGCCAAGAACACAGGUGGAAGCAAUGGAAGGAAUAUCGGGCAAAUCCUCGGAAUUGCCUUGCCUGGCUUGGCUUGUGGUGCGACUCGGACGACGUUGCUGGAGACGAAGGAAGGACAGGAGAUCUCGGCCAUCCCCAGACCAAAUGCGCCGCCGUCCAAAGGAGAAAAGGAGGGCUCCUUGAGACUGCUUGGAAUGCGUGUGCGCAAGUGCAGGAAAGCCAAGAAGUCACGUCAACCAUUGUUCACGUCAAGUUCCCGCUGGCUAGGGAUUACCCGUCAUUUGGCAGGUGUACGAAGUACGAAGUACAGUACUGGUAGCCGUCUCCCCUCGAAGAUCGACCGCACUACGGCGACCCAGAACGCCUUGCCAGCCAUCCGCGCUCCAUGCCGUCAUUUCUGGUCAGGGGUGGCUUGCACAACAGGAAACCGAUCGGAUGACCCAGAUCUUGGGGAUGCGAAUGGGAAUGGGGGCGGGAAUAGAUAG